AUGGAAGAUCGCAUUUUUUGGGCUCCACCAAAGACAAAUCUAUCCAUGGAAAAGAUGUCUGGGCCUAGGCCUAAAGGAAUUCACCUAAUCAUACCAAAAGAGUUCAAGGCAUUAAUGACACAGUUAGCUGUUUUAAUAAUAACUUAUAGUAGUAGACCCAAAGGAACAUUAAAAAAACUGACCAUCACAUGUAGCAUAAUUUCAGGAUCAACUUACUGCAAAUACCAUCAUUACAAAUCAAAUAUGAUAAGUUUAAUUAACCCUGAAAUUUUGGUUUACUUUUGGAAAAAAUUCCAUCAUUUGGGCAUCAUAGGAUUUGACUUUGAAAGCAUGUUACUUUGUAUAAGUAUCCUACUGCAUGUACCCGUAGGCUUUACAGUCUUGCCUGAACAAGAUCCAAAAAACCACAAAUUCUAUUUUUUUUUAAUGGAACUCAGCAAUUGGUGCAGCUCAGGCACCCAGGAGUUGAGAUGGAGCCAAGGCUAUGCAAAAAGCCGGUAUGACCGGAUGCUUUCCGUCAAUGGGUUGGUGAUCAGAUCAAAGCUGCCAAGUUGGAGAAUGCUAUGGAGAAAGUUGAUGAGGGAAAAGAAGAAGAUAUUUGAUUGUUCAUCGAGUACUCGGGUACACGUUUCUUAUGAUCCUUAUACAUACGCACAGAAUUUUGAUCAGGGCUUGAUGUCAACGGAUCCUGAUGACCUCUCCAGGUCUUUUUCAGCUAGGUUUGCUGUUCCCUCAAGGGUUUUUGAGUAGAGUGGAUUGGUAGGUUGAUGCAAGUUAUAAGAUAAAAAUAAAAGAAAAUGGUUUGUAUUUUGACUUUGAUGUGAUAAAUCAAUUAAUGUUAGAUUCACUAAAUCCUGA